CCUGGUGGAACACUGUAUGAUGUCCUGCACCACAAAAGGCCCCAAAUUGCAUUAGAUUGGGAGGUUCGGCAUCGAAUUGCUUUAGGAAUUGCACAAGGGCUAUCCUACCUUCAUCAUGAUUGUGUGCCUCAGAUUAUUCACAGAGAUGUUAAGUCCAAUAAUAUACUGUUGGAUUCUGAAUUCGAGCCAAAAAUUGGGGAUUUUGGAAUGGCGAAGAUGGUUGAGAAUUCAGAUGAGAGCUCCACGAUGUCUUCAAUAGUUGGUACACUUGGCUACAUUGCUCCAGAAAAUGGAUAUUCGACCAAGUUGACUGAGAAAUCAGACAUCUACAGCUUUGGAGUUGUUCUCUUAGAACUCCUUUCACGGAAAAUGCCAGUGGAUCCAAGUUUUGAAGAUGGCGUCGACAUAGUUACCUGGAUGAGAGCAAUGCUGAACAUGAAUAAUUGGGUAUUACUUUUUGAAUCGCUUGAUGAAGAGAUAACCUAUUGGAUGGAAGAUGAUAGGGAAAAAGCACUGAAACUGUUAGGGUUGGCAAUGUCUUGCACUCUAUCAGCAUUUGAAGCAAGGCCAUCGAUGAGAGAAAUAGUUGGGGAACUGGUGAAGCUCAAGUAGAAGAUCAAAUUUUCCCGCUAAAUGGACCUUAGAACGUCAAAGUUCUAAACCUGGGUCUUAUUCAAUUUUGCCUAAGUGAUGGCAACUACUCGGCUAACGGAGGUGGGCUGUAGUACAGAUAGAUAGCUACUUAACUGAUGAUGAAAGAUGAUGGGGCCUCCUCAUGUUGAGGUCAGUCUCAUUCUUAACUCGAGCACAGUUAAACUACCCUUGUACAUAUAUUCAGAAAAAAUAAGUGCUACAAUUUGUUGUAUAUACCAAUGAAAAGGGAUGUUAAGGGCUCGUAGAAAGUAAUGUUUCCGAACUAACCAUGUCUACAUCAGCAAGCAUGAUGUUUUGUAUCAGAUGUGACCUGAUAAUCCUUUAUAUACUUCAAAUUUUGAUCUCUCCGACUGAACACCAAAAAGAAAAAAGAUUUUCUGAUAUCUUAGAGUCUUGUUCAAUACUUAAAUGAUCUACCAUAGCAUAUUCAUGGUGAAACCAGCAGUUUCAAAUUGAUGCAUGCUGCACAACAAUAUGUUUUGGUCUGUUUUAAUAAAAUAAGUAUCUAUUUAUCUUUAUUUUUCCAUUGCGAUAAGGGAUUAAUUUACUAUAGAUUGGCAUCUAGUUGAAAUCUUUUCAGAAGGUGUGGGAUUGAACUAGAGUAAACUAAGAUAUACAUGCGCAAAUGAUACAAACACGCCACAACUUCUAAGUAGUAUUAAUAAGUAAAAGUGAUAAGUUAAUUGUCAGUCUGCAAGAUAACAUGGUCAUUAGAAAAUUAAACAGGAACAUCCCAUGAAUAUUGCAUUCUAAUAGGUAACCACAAAGCCACCGAUUAGGCACAGCGGAAAUAGUACAAUGGUAUGAUAAAUUGUAAAAAAAGAAAAUAACAAGGACGCGCCAACCAAAAUAUAUCUUCUAAGUAUAUGAAUUUAACAAUUAAGUCUCAUGAUGCAUUUGGCUUUUGGCUUACAUGUAACAUGAUCUUAUAACUGUUGGAUAGCAUGUUAUAAUAUGUUUCCUAAU